AUGAACCUGCUGCAGGGCAAGAGCAAUCAAUAUCUGCGCGAGGCCAUCCUUGAGGGCAGCAUGGACAAGGCACGACGUUAUCUGACGCUCAAGAUUGGUAAAGCAGAUGUGGCUGCGCUUACUGAGAGUGGCGGUUUCUCCAUGUUGCACUGUGCCUGUCUCGUGGGAAAUACGCAGAUCGCUAUGAUGUUACUACAAUACGGGGCCGAUGUACUCGCUCUUACUGAUGAUGGCUACACGGCACUGGAUCUGGCCAUUUGGAGAGGUCACUUGCAAAUCAUUGAAUUGCUGCGAUCACAAGGUUGCGUGGCACCAAUGAAAGAACCGGAGAGUCUCAAUGGUAAAGUAAUCUCUCAUCUUGGCCGUAAAGCCACUGUGGUUUUCUUUGAACCUUCUACAAGGAUUCGUACAAGCAGUUUACGUGGACUUUACUAUGAAGAUAAAGGAGAAGCCAAGCUAGUGAAUCUCUGGGCAGGUACAGAUUACAAGAUUAUCGGUUCGAACCCGUACUAUGACGAACUUCGCAAAUUCGACUACCAAUUUGCUGAAAUCCCGGUGACAUUACCAGAGGAAUACGACGCCAUGCUACAAGGUGCACUUCAAGGAGCAGCUUUCUUCGACAAUGACAGUGACAGUGAGAGUGACAAUGAGAUUGAAGAAAUUGUGGAAGUUCGAGUACCCCCUGGUCCCUUGGGUGUGCUACUGGAUAGUGGAAUUCAAGAGUGUGCCGUCGUUCAUGGAUUCACAAACCUUUCGACUGGUGAAAAAGGACCUAUUGAGUUGCACGGUGAUGUCUAUCCAGGCAUGUACAUCAUGAGCAUUAAUGAAACCAAUGCGUCUUUGAUGUCUCUGCAACAAGUCACACAACUACUAGGCAGACUGUCGCGCAAGGAAAAGCUUAUUCGCUUUGCCGUCUUCCGUCCUGGAUCGCCACGUAAUCACAGCUGUAGCAUCACGGACACGGCUUCUGAGAUUUCAAACCAGCGUUCAUCCAUCACGUCCAAUGCGUCGCUUCCGCCCUCCGUGCCAGCCUCCGCCAAACCACUAGCACCGAGCUUUUCGUCGCGCUUUGCAAACCUGGCAGCAUCUGUCAUGGACAAGAAGCCACCCACUCCUCGCACCAGUAUCACCAUGUCAAGGGAUGCAGGCACCCCUAAGGCUGCCGAACGUUGUGCACACUGCAAUAUGCCUGCCACGGCACACCGUUCUGAAGAUUGCCCGAAUCGGUGA